AACACUGAUAUACACGCCAAAACACAGCACUGACUGUAAAACAGCUGGCGCUUAUGUUUGUUUUUGCAUUCAGUUGCUGUUUCGCCUUUCGUCGUUGAUGUUCGAUUUUCUUGUUACGAUUGUAUAAAAAGAAGAUUCCUGUGUGGUUUACAAAACAGAAGAAAGGAAUCAUUUAACCACAUGAUGAAACGAUAAAAUAAUUUCAGGGAACUUACACGUUUGGGAGAAGAAAAAAGAAACUAAUUUGGAAUGCAAAGUGAAAAUAGCAGAAAUAGGUGCAUAAUUUAAAAAGGCAAAAGUAAGAAUUACAACGCUUAUACUAAACAUAGCUGUAAGCUGAUAACCUGGCGAGGUGUGGGACUGUGUAGAAACGCAUCACGGAUCAUUUGGAAGUUGUAUGUCGGAGCGCUUCUUGCUGCUGCCCAAAUACAGAGGUUAGCUUUUGUUUUGUUGACGUAAACGUAAAUUGAGGCCAUCAACCGCUGCUUCUUUAUUGUGUGGCGGCUCUUGAGGUACAUUUAGAAAAGGCAAACGGCUAAUGCGCAAUGGACUACCUACAGGAAUGGACUAAGAGUCUACAGGAGUUCCUCUCUACCUAUAUCGACUUGGAUUACUCACUAUGGCUUUACCGAUUACUUUGGCCGCUGAUUGUAACAUUCCUACUUCCACUAGUCUUCGUGGCACUCAUUUACAUUUCAUUUGUGAUGCUUUUCAUUUACAAACUGCACAGGGAGGUAAUCAUGCGCACUGUUCGCACGGAUCGUAAAUUCUGGGAGUUCGGUCGAAAAUUGGUCGCCGCUUUGUGGGAUGCUCACGCGCGCAUUUAUCAUGGCUACGAAGUAAUCGGCAUGGAGAAUAUACCAGAGACUGGACCUGCGUUGAUUGUGUACUACCAUGGCGCUAUACCCAUCGACAUGUAUUACUUAAAUUCACGCAUUAUACUGCAAAAGGAUCGUCUUAUAUACACCAUUGGCGAUCGAUUUCUAUUCAAAUUACCCGGUUGGGGUACAAUAUCCGAGGCAUUUCACGUCAGUCCCGGCACGGUGCAGUCUUGUGUUGGCAUUCUAAAAGAGGGUAAUUUACUAGCCAUCUCACCAGGUGGCGUUUAUGAAGCACAAUUCGGCGAUCAAUACUAUGAACUGUUGUGGCGUAAUCGUGUUGGCUUUGCAAAGGUUGCGCUGGAGGCCAAGGUGCCAAUAAUACCUUGCUUUACACAAAAUCUACGCGAAGGUUUCCGACAGCUGGGCAUAUUUCGCAACUUUUUCAUGAAACUCUACAAUACAGUGCGCAUACCAGUUUACCCUAUCUACGGUGGAUUUCCGGUGAAGUUUCGCACAUUCGUGGGUCGACCGAUAGCGUACGAUGGCACGCUAACGCCAGAGGAGCUGCAAAUGAAGGUGGCCGCGGCGUUGGAGGAAUUGAUAAAUCAGCAUCAACGUAUUCCUGGCAGCAUAUUUCAUGCGUUGCUUGAUCGUAUUCCCUCACUUCGUAGCAAAAGAAAAGUCCCGGAAUAAGUCGCUAAAGCCGCAUCUGUUCAGCGUAUUUAAAUUUGAUAAUCUCUACAUACUCUACUGUGUUAAAUUUUCGUUUUUCAUUUCUUUUAAGGGGAGGGAAACGCAAAAGACUUUCUGCUAACUAUACAAAUAGUUUAUUGUGCACCUAUCGGGAGAGUUUUGCUUACAAAAAAGAAUACAUAGUAAAAAAUACUCUUAAAACCCUAAAACUAAAGACAAAGAACAAAACUUACGAUAGUUGAUAGUUCUAUUGUAGAUUAUACUCGUAUAGUACUAUGUAUAAAUGAGUUCAUUCAAUUUAUCAAUAAUCCAUCUUGCAAUAUGCAACUGUAACUGGAGCUUUUUUAACGUUUACAUAAAAUAGCCUUAAGUGUACUUAAAAUGCUUUCAGCUAAGCUCAUAUCAUGCAAUGUGAACAAUUUCUCUUAUCUAAAAACAUUUUUUUUUUAUUAGAACAGAUAUGACCAUCGGGGUUCGUUUUAUAUUUUGCAUUUAUGUAUAUUUUUAUGAUAGAAUUAAUUAUACAAUGCAUCUGCGCAUUCUGGUUGUAAUGGGAAAUUGAUUAUUCCAGCAAUAAAAAAUGUGUGUGUAUAUAAAUAAAACCCGUAGUUAAGUCGUAGGUUAAAUUUUUAAUUUUGUUUAAAAACAAUGAAAUUGUUUGCGAAAUAGUAUUCCAGCUUUCAUUUAACCGCUCAGUGUACACAUACUUGUUUUUUAAAUAAAUUUCACUACGUAUUAAUUUAUCGGUAUUCACAUACUCAUUUGAGUACGUAAAUGUGUCUUGUGCUGCAUAAAAAGUGUACUUUUUAUUAUAUAAUUAGAUGGCAUGUGAAAAUUAAAAUUAAAAAAGAUCAUAUCAAUUUAUUCAAAACGUAUUGACGUAUUAUUUCGUGAAAGAAGCGCAAACAGCUACUAAUGAUAAGAUAAAUAGGUCAGUUCUUGUUGGGGAAGGUAUAUGAUUAAAAUCUCCGUAAACCUUGGAAGAGUUUAAGUAGGACAAAUGGUAAUAAAGAUGCCUCGAUUACUGCAGCG